AUGCUCAAGGUGAAGGUGGAAAAAGAGAGAAUCGAGCUACUGAGUGAAGUGAUGAAAAGGGACAACUCCAGAGUGGUAGCUCAGAAAAUGGACAAGACGUUCAGCCUUCGUCGGGAGGAAAUAGUGAAAGAGGCCCCUGCCAUCAGUGACUUCAUGAAGCGCUGGCGUGCUCUUUUUAGCGAGGUACAGAUAUGUGAAGAAUUUAAGAGGAUAACAACAGUCAGCCUUGAAUCAACCUUUCUGGCCAGGCUUGACCAAUGCACCCCACAACUGAUGGCCUUGACCCUGUCAAAAGGAGGAGCUGCAGGUCUGAGGAUGAGGCAGAUUAAGGACAUGCUUCUGCAGGACAACACAGUUGAAAAGCGCAGAGAAAUUGCUAUUCGCUGCCUCAUAGUCUAUCUUGGAGAGAAGGAGGAGGAUCUUUUCAAACAAUACAGCGAUGAGGAGGAGCUCAACGCAGACCUUGCAAUGCAAAUCAUGAAGAUUGCUAUCAUUGGUGAUGGGCCUGCAACCAUCAUCGUUGAGGGAUCCAAGAUCCUGGAGUGGAUUGAUGUUGCCAGAUCCUGUGCUUUGAUGAUGGGAGUAAUCUACGCUCUGAACCUUACCUAUCCCAAGCAGCUGAAAUUUACCUUUGAGGCACCACCAUGCAUGAGCCUGCCCACGCGGUAG